GGUAGGGAGGGCCUUGGAUCCGGUUUUUAAGGGGGAGAGAAAUUCUUAUGGAGGGUCCUCUGCUUUAAUCCAAAGGAAGAAACUGAGGAGGCCCUCUGGUGUUGGUGGUAGUGUUCGUCUUCGCGGCGGUGCUUGAGCCAGAGCCGGAGGUUGUUUUGGUGGUGGCGUGGGCGGGGACUACGAAGCAACAAGUGCCACGCUGGGGUGGUGGCGAUUUCGGGCUUCACCCUGACGGGGCCCCCACCAUUUCUCUCUCUCUGUCUCUCUCUGAUCCCGGUUUCUAACUGGUUUCUCUAAAUGAUAUUUGUGAAAUGAAGGUUCUAGAUUUUUGAGAGCUGGUUCGGGGUCCGAUCCGUGUGUUUUGUGGUAUGGAGUAGCUGGACGGACAGUGGAAGAGUGAAGAAGAGGAUUGAUAUGAUACAUUAAGAUGUCCCUUAAAAGCAUUGUACGUGAGUUGUGGGAGUUAAAGGAUGGAAUGGGGAGCAUGUCAAGGCGGGGAGGGGAAAGGAAACAUUGGCAUAGAAAGAGAACGUCACAUAUUGCUCCUGAUCAGGUACCACCACCCUCAUCUGAAGUAAUUCAGCAGGGCCGGUGGUCGAAUUUACCGCCGGAAUUGCUCUUGGACAUAAUCCGGAGGGUAGAAGAUAGUGAGACAUCCUGGCCUGCUCGGGCUGUCGUUGUCUUUUGUGCUUCUGUUUGCAAGUCAUGGAGGACGAUUACUAGGGAGAUUGUCCAAACUCCCGAGCAAUGCGGAAGGCUCACAUUUCCUAUCUCAUUGAAGCAGCCGGGGCCUCGUGAAUCUCCAAUACAGUGCUUUAUCAGGAGGGACAGAGCCACUUCUACAUAUUGUUUAUACUACGGUCUGGUGCCUUCCGAAGAUGAGAAUGAUAAAUUGUUGUUAGCAGCCAAAAAGAUUAGAAGGGCAACAAGCACGGAUUUUGUUGUAUCUUUGGUCGCAGAUGAUUUUUCUCGGGCAAGCAGUACAUAUGUUGGUAAACUGAGGUCUAAUUUCUUGGGUACAAAGUUCACCAUAUAUGACAGCCAACCUCCAUGUGAAUCCACAGUUCAACUAAAUAGUCGAUCCAGUCGUAGAUUUCAUUCUAAGCAGGUGUCUCCGAGAGUUCCAGCGUGUAACUACAGUGUAGGGACGGUCUCCUAUGAGCUCAAUGUUCUUCGAACAAGAGGGCCAAGGAGAAUGCAUUGCAUCAUGCAGUCCAUACCUGUCUCUUCUAUUGAGGAGGGAGGAAAGGCUCCAACACCAACAUCAUUCCCAAACUCCUUUGAUCAGCAGCAGUUUUCUCCUCUACCAGCUCCAAAAGGAAAAGAUACGGUCACAGAUUUUAGCUCAAGUAGCCUCUCAGAGCCGUCAGUAUCCAUCCAGAGCUCAGUAGAGCCACUGGUUCUUAAAAACAAGGCUCCUAGAUGGCAUGAACAGCUGCAGUGCUGGUGCUUGAAUUUCAGAGGGCGUGUUACCGUGGCUUCUGUCAAGAAUUUCCAGCUUGUGGCAUCUGUUGGCACAUCCCACAAUGUUUCAGCUGCAGACCAAGAAAAGGUAAUCUUACAGUUUGGAAAGAUUGGAAAAGAUAUCUUCACCAUGGAUUAUCGCUACCCACUCUCUGCCUUCCAAGCCUUUGCUGUCUGCUUGAGCAGCUUUGAUACUAAACCGGCCUGUGAAUGAAACCCAUGUUGAUUGGAGAUCGUGUUCCCCAAUGUGCUGAAUUUCUUCUCAAAUUUUUGGGAAUAUAUAAAUAUGAUCUUCCUGGAAAUUCAUCAUGCAUGGCCAUUCACAACCGAGAGAAUCUUGUGCUGCCAGUGGUUUUCCUUUCUUCUUUUCGACUUCUAUGUUGUUCCAUCACUUAGCACUGCUGAAAUUAAUUUAAAAAAUAAGUUAGUGAAUUAUAUCUCUCUUUAUUUUAUUUA